AUGGAUGUAAAGAAUUGCGGUUCUUUGGAUGGGAGCCCGCCCCCAUUAUAUCACGGGGGUUCGGCAGAUGAGGACAGUGUCUGCAGUGAAGAUGCGAGGAUUUUGACGUGUCGUGGAUUGGCUCCAGAUGUCAAACUCGAGAUGAACUACCCAUGUGGGUUCACCUUCAAUCAAGAUCGUCAUUUCGACAUGUAUGGCCCGCUCGGAGCUAUCCCGUCUGAUCAUGCAGUGAACGCCCGAUCGUCUUUCCAGCACGUCCCAACUUCCUACUCACCACCGGCCUAUGACCAUACCUGUCACUCACAGCUCGAUCCAGAAUCAGAUGUAUCUGAGAAUGAGCCAGAUCAAUCGUCUAACGACGAUCUACAAGUCAAAACAGAAGCCAAAAACUACAUUAACCCUGUUGAUGUUAUCCUCAACGAAAUCCGAAGAUUACACAUGGCAGAUGUUCAGCUAAAGACAGAACUGAUAACGGGGCUUGAAAGCCAGUGUGCCAUGUACUCGCAGUCCCUGAGUGUUGUCCAGGGGCAGCUGAGCCAAGCAAACAAGUUGAUCGAGUUCUGGGGUGAACAGAUCGACACAAACACGAAGCAGCUCGAAAUUGUGGACAGCCGUUGCCGUGACCGUCACAUCAAUGCGCAGGGCUCGAUCAAAGAACUCAGUGAUCUCAUGAUGACAGACAUCAAGGAACGGAGGAGGUUCAGACAUUCCCUGGAAGACAAAGGCCUGAUUCAAAUCACCUGA